AUGGUGUACAAUACUUAUUAUCUUCUUGAUAAUGCACUACCUCAUCUACGUCAUUUGACUCUCAAACAUUGUAACUGUUAUCAAUUGUCGACUUUAUUCAAUCUAAUUCCUAAUCUUCAUUCAUUGGAUAUUGUACUUUCACUUGGUUUUAAUACAGAUUGGUCGAAUAAUAUACCACUAUUAACUCAUCUAAGAAAAUUCGUACUCAACAGUUAUGGUGAAAAAUUGACGAUGAUACAAAUAAAACAACUUCUAUCUAAAAUGCCUAAUCUAAGACAUUUCGAACUUGAUACUCAAGGUUAUAUGGAUCUUAUUGAUGGUCAACAAUGGGAGUUACUUGUUUCACAUCUUAUUGUAUUCGAUUUUCGAAUUUAUCUUCUCUGUCUAUCAUUAAAUAUUUCCGAAGAAAAUAUUCUUGAAUCAUUCCGUUCAUUAUUUUGGCUUGAAUACAAACAUUGGUUUGUUGCUUAUAAUAGUUCACAUAUGCAACAUAUCUUCACAGUACCCCGUUUUGCAUCGAACAUUGUCAUGCAUCCAUAUAUUGAUUGGCCACCAUCAUGUACAUCAUCGAAUUUCGAUUUUGAUCAGUACAUCACUUGUCUUCAUUUAUCAUCGCUUAAUUCAAUUCCUCAUCGUUUCACAAAUAUAACAUCACUCAUAUUCGGUAUAGAAGAAACUAUCAUUAAUAGUAGAUUAGUUGCAUUUCUCAAUCUUGUUAAACACAUACCUUUCUUGAAUUCAAUUUCAUUUCGAGAUUUGUCAGUAUUGAAAUAUAUGCCAAAUGAUAUUGUAUUUAAACAGAUACGUAAUUUAUACGUACGAGAUAUCAAUACAAGAGCAAACAUUCCACUACGAUUGGAUAUAAAUCAAUUAUGCAAUAUCUUUCCUCUACUUGAACGUUUGAGUUUAGAAUUAACUUCUCGUCAAGAUUUACUUUUAUUGAUAGAUCAAUUAAGAUAUCUAUCAAUUGCAAAAUUUGGAUUGUAUCAUUCAUCAUCUAUUGAUCAACGUUCAUUUCGAUCGUUGUCAGUGACACGUGAUUGGCUCAUGAAAAAUUCUCGACGUUUGAAAACUAAUAAUAAUUUCACAUACAAGCUUAUUAACAAUAAAAUUCAUUUAUGGAUGAAUAAUGAAAAAGUAUGUUUUGUUUCUCUUUCAAGAAAUGCAAUGUAG